UGGCUCAAUACACCAUUUAAGAACACAACUCAGUUCAGCGGAACGAUACAGCAACAGUAUCAUGCCUGACCUCCCCCAGGUCAAAAUUAUGGCAUAUUUGAUUUGUGAAUCUUUUGUUGAUAUUGAUGUCACAUUUUGA